AUAUCUCAUCAUCUCAUCUUCCCUCCCUUAUCCUUCCCCUCUCUCACUCAUCUCCAGCACUCCACUGAACUCCAAUCAAUCCCACCAUCACCAAAUUGAAUCAAUCCUCCAACAAUGGCCGCCGCAUUUCGAUCUCUAUACUCCCCUCCGGCCACCUCCCGCACUCAUCUCCCGCUACCCAACCACCGCCUCCUUCUCUCCCUCGCCGCCAGCCCUCGCAAAAAAUCCAAUCUCCAUCUCUUCCUCAGCGCUCCGCUCCGUGCCCUACCUUCCAUCCAAUCCGAAUCGCCCAAGGAAAUCGCCGCGGAAUCAGAAGAGGAAUUUUCCACAACGCGGCUGCUCGUCCAGAACGUUCCGUGGACGUCCACCGCCGACGAUCUCCGCCCGCUCUUCGAGAAAUACGGAACCGUUGUUGAAAUUGAGUUUUCAAUGUAUAAUAAAGAGAGGAAUAGAGGUCUCGCGUUUGUGACUAUGGGUUCACCAGAUGAAGCGCUUGCAGCUUUCAACGGUCUUGAAGCUUCGGAGUAUGGGGGUAGAGUGUUGAAGCUUAAUUGGGCUAAGCCGAAGAAACCGAAGCAGCCCUCUUCCACGCCGCGGCCUAAGCCAGUGCACAAUUUGUUUGUCACGUUUCUGCCGUUUCAGGCGAGGGCCAAGGACCUCAAGGAGUUCUUCAAUUCUCACAAUGCUAAUGCAGUUUCUGCUGAUGUGAUAUUCCGAGAUAAUCCUAAACGAUCAGCUGGUUAUGGCUUUGUAUCCUUCAACACUAAGGCAGAGGCUGAUGCAGCGCUUGUUGCAUUGCAAGGAAAGGAGUUCAUGGGAAGAAACUUACGCAUAGCACCAAGCAAGAGAUUCUUGAGGCCGGAAACAAAGGCAGCUAUCGAGUCAGGAAAUGAAAGUGAAUCGAACUCUUCUGAGAAACAUGAGGAGACGUCAUCUACUGAGGUGGAAUAAAGUGAGGCUGAUUAGGAUGAUGUACAUGUAAUUACAACGGCAUUGGAGUUUUGAGCAGGAAGGUAUGAGGGCCAACUGUAUUAACUGUAUUUCCAACAAGGAUGACUUUGAGGUGUGUAAUGAUCCAUCAUUUCAAGAAGUAAAAAUGAGUUUUGAAUA